AUGCCCGAAAGCGAAUACUCCUCUAGGCUUCCAUCAUUACGGGGUACUAUUCUCUCCAUAUUCUUCUGCAUUGUUGCUUCACUUGCAUUUUCUGCUGCUUCUGCUAUUGAGGUUGGCGAAGCCAAAGCUCUGCUGAACUGGAAAGCGAGCCUUACCAAACAAAGCCAAGCGACAUUGUCUUCAUGGAACAGUAAUGGCACUGAUCUUUGCAGAAACUGGAAGGGAAUUUCAUGUGAUGAAGAAUCCGUGUCGGUGAUCAGUAUAAGACUGUCAAAUCUUAGCCUUCAAGGUAAACUUCGCUAUCUCAGCUUUGCUUCGUUUCCUAGUCUGCAAUAUUUUGACCUGAGUUACAACCACUUCUAUGGCAACAUUCCCCAAGAGAUUGGUAACUUGUCCAGUAUUUUGAAGUUUGAUUUGUCAGAGAAUCCUUCAAUUACUGGUCCCAUUCCUAAAGAAGUAGGAGCUUUGAGCACUCUCAGUGUUCUUGAUCUUAGUGCAUGUAAGCUCACGGAUAGAAUUCCUAGUGAAAUUGGGAACUUGAGGAACCUAACGGAUCUGGUGCUUGGUCAAAAUUCUCUUUCUGGUUCCAUUCCAGAAGAGAUUGGAAUGUUGAGUGAUCUUUUACUACUUGAUUUGGCCAAAAACUCCAUGUUAUCUGGUAGAAUCCCAUCAUCAAUUGGAAACUUGAACAUGUUACAAGAACUUUAUAUUGAUUUUUGCAAUCUCUUUGGUCCUAUACCAAAUGAAAUUGGAAAACUCAAUUCUCUCACGACAAUUUAUUUAGAAAGCAAUAAACUUUAUGGGUCAAUCCCUCCCUCUAUGGGGAACUUGAUAGGUCUUGAGGAGUUGGUCUUGUCGAAUAACAAUCUUUCUGGUUCAAUUCCUCAAUCCAUUGGAAACUUGAUCAAUUUACAAGAAAUCUAUCUAGAUCAUAACAACCUUUCAGGAUCUAUUCCUUCCACUAUAGGAAAUUUGCCAAAGCUCAACACUCUAUUAUUGAUGGAGAACAAUCUUAGUGGUCACCUUCCAGGAGAAAUGAAUAACAUAACUUGGCACAAUUUACAACUGGGUGAUAAUCAUUUCCAAGGCCAAUUACCACAACAGAUUUGUCAGGAUGGGAAGUUAUAUAGGUUUGUAGCUCAAAAUAACCAGUUCAUGGGUCCCAUUCCAACUAGUUUGAAGAACUGUUCUAGUCUAGAAAGACUCAAGCUUCAAGGUAACCAACUAACUGACAAUAUAACAUAUGCUUUUGGAGUAUAUCCUUAUUUGGACUUCAUUGAUCUAAGUGGAAAUAAAUUGUAUGGUUACCUUUCAUCCAAGUGGGGGAAGUGUCGAAAUCUUAAACAAUUGUUUAUUCACAAUAACAACCUUUCUGGUGAAAUACCAUCAGAGAUGGGGGAGGCAGCUAAGCUUGUUGAACUUGACUUGUCUUCAAAUCAUUUGUCUGGACAAAUCCCAAAAGAACUAGGCAAGUUGAUAAUGUUGACAAAACUCUUUUUGAGCCACAAUAACUUCUCUGGUAACGUCCCCUCAAAUAUAAGAUCACUUAGUCAACUUGAAACAUUGGAGUUGGCCACAAAUAAUUUCUAUGGCUUAAUCACAAGAGAGCUUGGGGAACUAAAAAACUUAAAGUUCUUGAACUUGAGCAGAAACAAAUUUGAUGAAAGCAUUCCCCUUGAGUUCGGUCAACUCCAGGAGCUUGAACAACUUGAUCUUAGUGACAAUUUGCUCAAUGGAACAAUACCAUCAGUGCUUGGAAUGUUACCCAAAUUGCAAGUAUUGAACCUCUCACAUAAUGAUCUCACUAGCACCAUUCCUUCUAGUUUUAGCAGAUCAAUGUCAGCUUUGACUACUGUUGACUUAUCAAACAAUCAAUUAGAAGGCCCCGUUCCAAACAAACCAGUCUUUCAAAUAUUUGAAGGAUUGAAGAAUAAUAAAGGUUUGUGCGGUAACGUCACUGGUUUACAUCCUUGCAGUAAUUCUCAAAUGCGUGCAAAAAACAAAGAUGAAAAAGCACAAUCACAGGACAUUUAUUUUGUAUGGAGUUCCAAUAGAGAAAUAUUGUAUGAAAAUAUCAUCGAAGCCACAAUGCACUUUGAUGAUAGAUAUCUCAUUGGGAAAGGUGGCCAAGGAAGUGUUUACAAGGCAGAGUUACCAACAGGUGAUAUUUUUGCUGUAAAAAAGCUUCAUUCCUUACCCAGUGGAGAAAUCUUCAGCGAGAAAGCUUUCACAAGUGAGAUUCGUGCUUUGAUAGAAAUCAAACAUCGUAACAUUGUGAAGUUGUAUGGUUUUUGUUCCAAUCCACGAUUCUCUUUUUUGGUCUAUGAGUUCUUGGAAGGUGGCAGCUUGGACAACAUACUAAAGAAUGAGAACCAAGCCACUAAGCUUGAUUGGAAAAAGAGAGUGAAUGUUGUUAGAGGUGUCGCCAGUGCUUUAUUCCAUAUGCAUCAUGGCUGUUCAAUUCCUAUUGUUCAUCGUGACAUAUCAAGCAAGAAUGUUCUUCUAACUAUAGAAUAUGAAGAAGCUCGGCUCAUUGACUUUGGAGGAGCGAAGUUUCUCAAUCCUGACUCAAAAAAUGUGACCACAUUCGUUGGUACCUUCGGGUAUGCUGCUCCAGAGAUUGCAUAUAUUAUGGAAGCAAACGAGAAAUGUGAUGUUUACAGCUUUGCAGUGUUGACUUUAGAGAUAAUUAUGGGAAUACAUCCAGGAGAGCUUAUUUCAUCUUUGAUGGAAAAAUCAACCGCGUAUGAUUUGCUAUUAAAGGAUAUGUUGGACCCACGACUUUCACCGCCUAGGAAAUCAAUCCUUGACGAGGUUAUUGCAGUUGCAAAAAUAGCAUUUUCUUGUUUGAAUGAGAAUCCUCAGUCUCGUCCAACCAUGGAACAAGUAUCUAUGAAGCUUGAUCGGCGACCAAAGCCUCACAUGGAAGAACCAUUUGUCACGGUCACAAUUAGACAACUAAUGAAUGAUUAA